AUGCCAGCUGAGACGCAGCCGAUUUUCAAGGCGGUGGCCACGUCCACGCGGCCUCUAUAUCAGCUUCUUAAAUGUAUUAACUUCACACCGAGGGUGCACGUCCAGAUCACCCAGCAGGGGAUACGAUUUGCGGCCGACCAUGCCCGCGUCAUGCAAGGUGUUUCUUUCCUCGACUCGGCACUGUUUCAAACGUACAGCGUCAAUCUACCAGUAUCCGAAGAGGGCGAAGCCAACGAGCCUGUCAAUUUCCAAAUACCCCUUGCCUCUCUGUUAGAAGUUCUCCAGAUUUUCGGCGCAGUCGAUGUGGCAGCUCGGGCGCAAAAGGCUGAUGCAGAUCCGUACCGCAGCAACCUACGAAACUAUCGCCCCGAUGCUUUCAGCAACCAGACCCUUGGGCUGGCGGGAACCUGCACACUCCUCUACGCCGAGGAGGGCGACUCCUUCAAGGUGACGAUUGAAGAGGCUGGUGUCAAAACAACGGCGGCACUGACCACAUAUGUGCCCGAAAUUCCCGAGGAGAUACCGUUCGACCGCAACGACAUGGCUUUCAAGAUCAUCAUGCCAUCACGGUCGCUGUUGGACUCCUUUGCGGAAAUCUCGCCCACGGCCCCGACGAAACUCGUCAUCACUACAUCCAAGUCGGCGCCUUUUCUUACCCUGGCCGGCCUGGGCGAUCUCGGCAGCUCCGCCGUUGACUUUGCACGGGGUCGCGAGAUUAUGGAAACCUUCAGUAUACAAGAGCGUUGGUCGCAGAGCUUCAAAUUUGACUUUAUCAAGAACUCAACUGAGGCGAUGCGCAUUGCGAGCAAGGUCAGUCUGAGAGGUGAUCGGCAGGGCGUCCUCAAUCUGCAGCUCAUGGUGGUCACGGAAGGCGACAAACAAUGUUUUCUUGAUUUCCGUUUCGUGCCAUUUGUGCAGUACGAAGAUGAUGAGGAAGGCGAUGUGGCUGGGGGGCAGGGAGAGGAAGACGAUCUGGAGAUGUCAGAUUGA